GGCGGCGGGGCCGGGCCGGCGCCGGGGCCCGCCACGAUGCCCCGGCGGAAGCAGAGCCACCCGCAGCCAGUGAAGGCAGAUACACUGGUGGGAAAGAUCGCUAUUCCAGCAUACGCCCUGAGCGACGACGACUGCUCCUCUGGGUACCAGCAGCUGAGCGUGGAGAGUGACCCUGAGGAGGGGGGUGAGCCUGGCCCUGCCGCCCUGCCCUGCCGCCAGUGCGGGCUGCAGCUGGCUGCCAGCCUGGGCCAGAGCUGCCUGCAGUGCGCCGGCGCUGAGGGCGGCCGCAGCCAGCGCAUCGUCUACUCCUGCCAGCUCUGUCCCUUCGCCUCCCACUACUCCAGCCACCUCAAGCGCCACAUGAAGACACACAACGGGGAGAAGCCUUUCGCCUGCCCGCAGUGUGCCUACGCCUCUGCCCAGCUGGUGAACCUGACACGGCACCUGCGCACGCACACCGGGGAGAAGCCGUACCGCUGCACGUGCUGCAGCUUCGCCUGCAGCAGCCUGGGCAACCUCAAACGCCACGAGCGGGUCCACAGCCAGGACAAGCCCUUCCAGUGUGCUGCCUGCGACUAUCGCUGCAAUCAGAGCCGCAACCUGAAGCGGCACAUGCUCAGCCACCGCCUGCCCGAGGGCGAGGGGCCGCACCGGCGGGACAAGGACCCAGAGCCACUGCUGCCAGAGCUGAGCCUGCACGUGGGCAGCGGCAGCGGCCCCUUCCUGCCCGGCUGCGCACGGCUGCGGGGCGAGGAGGCAGCUGCACUGCCCGAGCUGCUCUUCCCCUUCACAUGCCGCAUGUGCGGGCUGGUGCUGGAUGACGGAUUCGCACAGGAUGAGGGCCUGGCCGAGCAGGUCUGCGGGCGCUGCAGCUUGGCGGUGCUGGGCACCGAGCCAGGCGCCAGCCCCCGCAAGGGCGCUGGGGACAAGGGCUUUGCCUGCAGCCUCUGCCCCUUCGUCACCCACUACCCCAACCACUUGGCACGGCACAUGAAGACACACAGCGGGGAGAAGCCCUUCGCCUGCCCGCUCUGCCCUUAUGCCUCCGCCCACCUGGACAACCUGAAGCGGCACCAGCGCGUGCACACAGGCGAGAAGCCCUACAAGUGCCAGCUCUGCGACUAUGCCUGUGGCAACCUGGCCAACCUCAAGCGUCAUGGGCGCAUCCACUCAGGCGACAAGCCCUUCCAGUGCAGCCUCUGCAGCUACAGCUGCAACCAGAGCAUGAACCUGAAGCGGCACAUGCUGCGGCAUACGGGCGAGAAGCCCUUCCAGUGCCGGAACUGCUCCUACACCACUGGUCACUGGGACAACUACAAGCGCCACCAGAAGAUCCACGGCCACACAGCCGAGAGCUGGGUGAACCCACGCAAUGCCAAAGCCCUCCUGGCCCCCCCAGCCGUGGGCACGGCCCUGCCCUGAGACAGCACUUAGCCCGGCAGUGGGCCUGGGGUGCCUCGGUGCCUGCCCUCCCUGGGGGAGGGAGGACAGGCAGGCAACUCUACAGGGGCUUAGGGCUGCCUUACACCAGGCACACUGGGGCCUCCAGCAGCCCUGUCCUGCCUGGGCAGGGUGAACUCACGACUGGCAGCUCUGACCCCUGCCCGUGCAGCAGCACUGCCGUGUCCCCAGCCACCCCUCCUGUCUGUUUCUGCCUGCCGGAGCCUUCCUCUGCCGGGGUUUGGGGAAAAGGGGGGAG